AUGACUUCUACCCAGGCUGGCACCAGUGGUUUAGAAGCAGACACAACCCCGAAUGUUGAAACAUAUAUAGAGCUCUCAGUGGAGAACCCAGAUAGUAUUCUGCCGAAUACCAUGGUUCCACAGUCUCAACAUCCUUCCAAGCCCUGGAAAAACUUCCAAUCCUUCGGGGGCCAUCCUUUCCCAAUGCCCUCAACUUCAUUUACAAUAUUCGACGACCUGCAGGAUGUGAUAUCAAGAGGUCUAGUCACUCUCGAAAAGGCCGAAGAAUCCGUGCAGCAUUUUAGAAGCACUGCCUCAAACUCUCCAUUUGUUAUCAUCUCACCUGGUACUUCAAUCGACUACCUCCGACGGCAAAAGCCCUUUCUGCUCCUCAACGUCCUUGCAAUGGCAACCGUCAACAAUAUGAAGCUUCAGAAGCUUCUUGACCAAGAGAUACGCGACACGCUAGGUCGAAGAGUGUUCAUGUCCGGUGAAAAGUCCCUAGAUUUACUGCAAGGGAUUUUGAUCUAUCUCACCUGGCACCACUUCUUCUUUGAACCGGAACACCAGCAAAUAUAUCAACUCUGCCAAUUAGCGGCUUCUAUGGCGAUUGAUCUUGAAAUCACCACGUCACAGCAAGACAGAAAACAUACUCCUUCCACAUCCUUCAAUCUCUUAUCCGUCAUUGCCGAAAGCCCCGUAAAGCUAUCGUCGUCACAAGACGCCGAAGCAAAGAGAGCUUUACUCGGUUGCUACUACAUCACAUCCACACUGUGCAUUGGGCUGAGGAAGCCCAACAACAUAAAAUACACCUCUUACACCGACGAGUGUUGUCAAGUCCUUGCCGCAGCCCAAGAAUUCGAAUCAGACGCUCUCAUUCCGUACUUCGUCCGCUUGCAGAAGCUCGCCCAUGAUAUAAACCAAACCUUUGACUAUGACGGACAUCAAGACCUGGCCUCGCUGGACCCAGUCAGGGUAGACAUGCUAGUGAAAGCAUUCAAGCAGCAGCUGGGUGAGUUUGAGAAGACCUUCCCGGCCGAAAUCUGGAAACACGACAUGCUCAGACUAGCAUACUACCAUCUCUGCACCUUCGUCAACGAAGUCGGCUUCCACAGAACCGUACUGCCUCCCCCGGAUCUCAGGACCGACCAAUCAAGCUACCACACCUGGGAUUCGUCCAUCACGCGAAGCGAAGUCCUAAUCAGCUGUCUCAACGCCGCCAAAGACUACCUGGAACGCUACCUCUCGCUCCCCACAGAAGCUCUAUUCAACGCCACGUUCGCCGACCACGCAAAACUAGUCUACAACGUCCUCAUCCUCAAGCUCUUCGCUACGUGGGUCACCGACGACCAUUCAACCCUCGACGCCGCGCAUAUCCAGCACAGCGCCAACUUCCUCUUCUACACGCAAGCGCUCGUGUGCAAGUUCGAGAGCAUGGGCAAGAUAUACCGCGACUGUGGAUUGUUGGAAGACUACACGCUGUAUCUAGCGCAGCUGUUCCGCAUCUACGAGAGUCGCGCAAGAGACGAGAUGGGCGCUAGGCAGUUCUCGACCAAUAUUUGCUUGGAUAUGUCGGUCAUGCAGAUGCUCCCGAGCAAUGCUUCUUGUCAUGGCCAACACUCUUCUUACGACCCUCGUCCACCUACCGUAGUUCAGACGCAGGAGCAUUCAGAGGAGCAGUGGGCGGAUAUGUUGGUUAGGUGGUCGCCGUCCCUGGAUCAACACGACUUGUCAUCCGAAGCCCUUUUCACGUGA